UGUGUAUGCACAUUAUUCAAUGCACCGCUAUCUGAAAGCGUUGAGUUGAGAUCCCAUUCCCUUUUGACAACAUGGCGCAAAGCAGCACAGCCCAGGCGACCGAGUGCCAGAACGGCGGAGAUUCCGUGAGAAGAGUGGCUCUAAUCACCGGUAUAACCGGUCAGGAUGGGUCAUACUUGGCUGAGCUUCUCCUGUCCAAGGGAUACAAGGUGCAUGGCAUCAUCCGGCGAUCAAGCUCUUUCAACACGGGGCGUAUUUCCCAUCUCUAUGGGGACACUAAGACGCAUCAGGAGAAAGACAUGAUACUACACUAUGGAGACCUGAUCGACAGUACUUCUUUAGUGAAGAUCAUCAGCCAGGUCAGGCCGACCGAAAUCUACAACCUGGGAGCCAUGAGUCACGUUAAGGUGUCCUUUGAGCUUGGUGAAUACACAGCAGACGUAGAUGGAGUGGGAACUCUACGCAUCCUUGACGCAAUACGAACAUGCAAUCUGGGCGACUCCGUCCGCUUCUACCAAGCAUCCACGAGUGAGAUGUUCGGUAAAGUCGCAGAGAUUCCACAAACUGAGAAGACGCCUUUUUAUCCGCGCUCUCCAUACGGUUGUGCAAAGCUUUACGCAUACUGGAUUACCAUCAACUUCCGUGAAGCUUACAAGAUGUUUGCCUGUAAUGGUAUUCUCUUCAACCAUGAAAGUCCAAAACGAGGUGAGACGUUCGUGACAAGGAAGAUCACAAGAGCAGUCGCCAAGAUUCAUCUCGGCCAGCAGGAAGUGGUCAGCCUCGGUAACAUCGACUCCAAGAGAGAUUGGGGCCACGCGAGGGACUAUGUUGAAGCAAUGUGGAUGAUGUUACAGCAGGACGAACCCGACGAUUUUGUAAUCGCUACAAAUGAGGCCCACAGUGUGCGGGAGUUUAUCAUUGAAGCCUUCAAGUGCAUCGGGGUGGACAUUAUAUGGGAAGGAUCUGGGGUAAAUGAAGUGGGCAAGGACAAGGCAACAGGUGUCGUGAGGGUGCGCAUUGAUACAAAGUUCUACCGCCCAACCGAAGUGGUAAGUUUCAAUUUUAACAAUUUUAUAGGCCGAGAAAGUACGUCGGACAUUGACAUGGCAGUAUUCCAUCUCGCCACGGACAGUACCCGCUUAUUCCCAAGGAUGGGGCAGGAUGAGAGAAGUCUUCGUCUCCAAGCAUCUCCCAGUUGA